AUGAUUGACUACCCUCCCCAGGAUGACUGGCACGGCUACAACCCAGUCUUUGUGCAUAUCACCGAUGCGUUGAAGACCCCCGAAGAAUAUGGCUCCGAACAUAGUCAUGGGCCUCUCAUCGACACGUUAUCUGGUGAUUUUACAAUUACAAAGAAAGACCUCGUCUGGAGAAUCGAAUCGAAUGGACGGCACAUUGAUGGCAAUUUGAUCGUCAAGCUUGUCCACACUCUUCAGAGUAAGGACAAGGAGAGCUUCUGCGUGUCGGAUCUCCUGACCCUUCCAAUCCGUCUUUGCCCUCAUCAGUCCACCACAUUCGACUUACCGGAAAGAUCCCGAUAUAUCAAAGGCAUCGAGCUGAACGGAUCGUUGCUGAUCCAUGCCAUCAAGUAUGCUUUCCCUGUAGCGGCGCAAACAAGUGUCAAUAUGAACUCGCUCAAGCAACCGUCACCGUCCGAACAGGAGCAAAUAUCCAGGGCGCAAUCGGGGGAGACCGUCUACUAA